CUGGUGGGUGGAAAGCUGCUCUCUCUCCUGCGAUACUUACCAUGAGCUUGCUGGCCAGCCUAGGCCCAUUCACUCUCAGAGCCUCCCAGAGUCCCCAGGAUGGACCGCAUGGACUCUCCUAGCAGGACUCUGCAGAGAGACAACUGCCACUUUGAGUGUUGAGCUUUGCAUGCCGGGCUGGAUUUCUCAAAGUUCCACAUUCUCUCCCUCCUUCCACUCCCUCCCCACCCAUUGAGAAGCAGGCAGAAGACUGAGCCUUGAAACUAUGUAUUUGAGAGACUGUCACGACACCUCGAAUACCUUGUGCUGGUGCUGUCACCGAAAAGUGUGGCUACGUUCUGAGGAGAACUGCUUCCAUGACGGGAAGGAGCAGUCUCAGGACUGAGAUGAGUAUAAAGCCAGAAGGGACACACCAUGCAUAGAUACACGACAAUCAAGCAGCUUGGUGAUGGGACCUAUGGCUCUGUCCUCCUAGGAAGAAGUAUUGAGUCUGGAGAGCUGAUUGCCAUAAAAAAGAUGAAAAGAAAGUUUUAUUCCUGGGAGGAAUGCAUGAAUCUUCGGGAGGUUAAGUCUUUAAAGAAACUGAACCAUGCAAAUGUAGUGAAAUUGAAAGAAGUCAUCAGGGAAAAUGACAAUCUUUAUUUUAUCUUUGAAUACAUGAAGGAAAACCUUUAUCAGCUAAUGAAAGAAAGAAACAAGUUGUUUCCUGAGUCCACUAUUAGAAACAUCAUGUACCAGAUACUACAGGGACUUGCAUUCAUCCACAAACAUGGUUUCUUCCAUAGAGACUUAAAACCUGAAAACCUUCUUUGCAUGGGACCAGAACUUGUGAAAAUAGCCGACUUUGGAUUAGCCAGAGAAAUCCGAUCAAGACCACCUUAUACGGACUAUGUGUCUACGAGAUGGUAUCGGGCUCCAGAAGUUCUCCUGAGAUCUACCAACUACAGUUCUCCUAUUGACGUGUGGGCAGUGGGAUGCAUCAUGGCAGAAGUUUACACACUACGGCCGCUCUUCCCAGGCGCCAGUGAAAUUGAUACAAUAUUCAAGAUUUGCCAAGUGCUGGGAACACCAAAAAAGAAUGACUGGCCUGAAGGAUACCAACUUUCUACUUCCAUGAACUUCCGAUGGCCUCAGUGCAUCCCUAAUAAUUUAAAAACCCUGAUUCCAAAUGCCAGCAGUGAGGCAAUUCAGCUCAUGAGAGACAUGUUGCAAUGGGAUCCCAAAAAACGACCAACAGCUAGUCAGGCACUUCGAUAUCCCUACUUUCAGGUUGGACAUCCCCUAGGCAGCACUCCCCAUAGCCUUCAGGAAAUGGGGAAACCGCAGAAAGAAUUCCAGGAGAGGAUGGGACCACCAGCUCAUGUGAAACCCGUCCCUCCUGCAAACCCCCCGGACAAACCACAUCCGCGGAUUUCUUCUCGACCACAGCAGCACAGCCAGCUCCCGCAGCAUCUCCUAUACCCAUACAAAACAGAGGCUUCGACGGCAGAUCCUGAGAGCCAGCAUCAAGAGCACCAGCCUACUCCAAUGCUUUUCCCAGCCCUCCACAGCAAGAUUCCUCAGAAUAAGAUUCAGGCUGGUGUGGAUCACCCAAACGGUGAAAUUAAACCAAAGAGUAGGAGGUGGGGCCAUGUUUCCAGGUCAACAAAGGAUUCUGAUGAUUGGGAUGAUUUGAAUGACCUCGAUUUCAGUCCUUUCCUCACCAGAACUGAUCUAAAAAAUAAGAAAAGACAGAGUGAUGAAACUCUCUGUAGAUUUGAGAGUGUUUUGGACCUGAAGCCUUCAGAACCCAUAGGUACCGGUAACAGUGCACCCACCCAUACUUCCUAUCAGCGACAAGACACCCCAACACUGCGAUCUGUAGCCAAGCAGCAUUACUUGAAGCACUCUAGAUACUUGCCUGGGAUAACUAUUAGAAAUGGCAUACUUCCAAAUCCAGGCAAGGAUUUUCUUCCACCUAAUUCAUGGUCUGGUUCUAGUCUCUCUGGAAAAUCUUCCGGUUCAGUAUCAGGAAUCAGCAGAAUGAGUUCAGUUGUUUCUGGCUAUACAGGAUCUGGCAGACUGACAGGUAGCUAUCUCCCUUCAUUUCUGAAAAAAGAAGUGGGUUCUGCGGGACAGAGAGUGCACCUAGCUCCUAUUUCAGAUCCUUCUCCUGGUUAUGCUUCACUGAAGUCUGUGAGACCUCAUCAUAAUCGACCCCUUUUCCAUACUCAGCCCAGAAGCACCCCAGGAUUACUGCCUCGGCCACCUGCAGCCCAGCCAGUCCAUGGACGUACUGACUGGGUUUCUAAAUAUGCAUCUCGACGAUGACAGACGUAAAGCACUUUGCACUGAAAAGCAGGAAACUUUUCAUCAAAUAAUUACGGAGAAGGAAACUGUCUCACCUGCAAUAAACAUGAGAAAUGAUAAGCAAAGGCCUCUCCCCAACAUAUUAUAGUUAUUUUCUGCAAUCAAGAUAUUUCAAUAUUCCUUUU